AUGACUAUAGCACGAUUGGCUCGAUUUGGCAAAUCCGAUUCAUCCAAACAUAAACCAUUACGUCAAUUUGGUCAAGAUUCAAGUAAAUCACACAUGGUUAUCAUGCUGCACUAUCGGCAUUUUUUCCUCAUUUUCCUCUGUGGCUCGUACAUUCUCUCGGCGUCAUCUAGAAACUGCUACCAAAACUGGAAUACCAGUGACUUUCCUGUUGCAAUAAGCAUUAAACCGGGAUUUACCAAAACUGAGACCACCAUAGGUGUUAAAAGUGUCAACGUCACAUGGGACUUUGAUCAAUCGGUAGAAGGCAUUGCAAAUUAUCCUAAAGGCCUGAGAUGGGGAAAAGCUGAAUACACGGCUGUGCGAAGUUCGUACAAAGGGAAGGCGAAAAUCAAGGUCACAAUCGAUUAUGCCAAACUGACUAAAGAAAUGUGCUCAUUGGGGCGCACUUCAUGGAUGCAAGGUGCCCUUUCAAACAGCCACGAUUUCUGCAUGGAAAGAAUGAUUCCUGGAAGUACAUAUCAACUCUGUGUUGCUCCUGAAGACUGUCAGAAUUUCUGGACUUGUAAGGCCUUCACAACCUUGACAGAUCGAUCCUGGAGUCAGCGGCUUUACGACCUUAAAGUCAGUAUUGAGGGCAGGGAUUACAAUUGGAUCCAACUUAGUUGGCCCCCACCGAAAAUUAAGCUGCCCUUGUCACCUCCAGUAGGCUAUAUAAUUUUUGUUAUUAAUCAUAAAAGUUGCUUGGAACAAGUCGUUUAUUAUCAAGCUCCAUGGAUCACGGAAGUGGAAAGUCAUCAUAUUAGGAGCAGAUCGAAUAACCUAACUUUAAAUCCUAGUUGUUCUGGGAAAAGAGUUACUUCAAGCGAAGGCAAACUUGAUGGAUAUUGGCCAGAUUUUCCGGGCUCACGAAGAUCAACUUGGAUUGAUGGAUGGAAUACAGCAGAAGUAGACGAGCAAGGUCCCAUCGGAUUAUUUGCAGUUACUGUUGGAAAUCUUCGAAGCCGUGAAAAAUAUCACUUUGAAAUUCAUCCUAUCGUUUAUCCCGAUGUUGAUGCAGACAUUCUACCAACUAAGAUCACAGCCGAAACUUCUGAAACUUAUUCUGGAGUAGAUAUUGAGGCAAGAAGGAGUGAUGUUAAGGUAAAUAGUCGCUCAUACACGAACUUCGCGGUUUCGGAAAUCGGAGCCCGUUCCAUUCAUUGUGAGCAGCAAGAUCCAGUUGAUAAAAACGGCGCUGGUGAUCGACUGUGCAAUAAAAGCGACAACUUUGUGAUUAAUGAUCUUGUCAUUCCAUUGACACCUGGUGCAAUGUAUCGAAUUGGUAUUGGCUCCGUUCAAAAGGUCUUCCAAAUUCCUUCAUCUAACAUUCCAUUCCAACCUCAGAUAAAAGGCACAGCGCUCUCAUCCAAUUUAAUUUCCCUCAAACUUUGGAAUCUCAAUUCUACGUUUGCAAAUCCCCCGGCAUUUAUAAUAAGAAUAUGCCAAAUAGACGAAGAUACUAACUGUCGUAAGAAUCCACUCUACGUGGAAGUGGUCGGUACCUACAGUCUCUUUGAUGGUCGUUCGGUUUGGCAACAUGAUGUAUCGGAUAGUAGUUACAACCUAAAUGCCCAUAUCAACGGUACUGAGAGGCCAAAGUUGUUUAUAUUGCUCUACACCUAUUUUGGAAACGAGGAGGUUCAAAUUUAUAAAACCGAAGUGGAAACGCGCUGCAAAAGCUGGUGCAUUUGGCCAGCAGGUGAUUGGAGCAAUACGAAAGGAAGAGCAUUUGGUGUAUAUGAGAGCUCUUUUACUCUAUACAGUAGAAAUGGCCAUCGGUGUUCUGAUAGAUGUCUUCCACUUCUGGAGGCUAUUAAUGGCGAAAGUGGAUGCACUUACAGAGGAAAUGGCAAAGAUCUCUGCAAUAUUCCAAUCUGCAGUGAAGUCGACACGGAAUUCAAGGCUGGAACAACGUGGAUUACUGUUGAGUGGAAAAAUCCGAGAGAAUCAGUCAAUCCCGCACCAAGUUAUGUGAUUCUCGUCACAAGUGACUCCAAGGAGGAACCGUGUCGGGUUUUUGUAGAUAAUGCUAAGACGCUGAAACUACCACCAUUCCUUCAAAAUGUAGUGCAGAGCUGCAGUGGGGAUUCAGUCACCAAGCUACCGUCCCAAUCCCCACUGAACAUCACAGAUUUGGCGCAAAAUACAAUCUACAAUAUUUUUAUUGUUCCUUACUUGGCAGAUGGACGUUUAGGCGCAGUUCUGGAACGAUCAUGGGCUACUAGCCUCGCUCGUAAGUAA